UGGCCAAUCCCCAUGUCGAUUUCUCUGAAAGUAGCUUCUUUUCCACCUGGAACGAGAGCUUCUUCUCUCUUCCUCAACCGGUUCCUCACUCGCCAAGCGGCUUUCUCUCCGGCAAAUGCUCUCCGUAAUCUUCGUCGUUCCGAAGAUGGCACAUCGUUUUCCGGACGGAGAGUGGGUUUCCGUGCGCGAACCAUUGUUCGAUCGGUCCUGCAGACAGAGAAGAGUACGAAGACGGAAAAGCCUGAGCCUCCGGUCAGAUUGGUUGCUCUCGUCGGCAAAGGAGCAGUAAGCCCACUCAAAUCCACCUCUUGGGAGGAGGUUAUGCUCCACACUGCUAGACGACUGAAAUGGGUUGAUGAUGGAUAUGAAAUGCUCGUCUUUGAUGAUGGAAUUUUUAGGUCAAAUGAUCAGAGAGCUGUGAGUCUGAAGCAGGAGCUGAAUCAGACUGAUAUAUUGGUAAUAGUUUCUGUAAAUAACCCAGAAUCUGUGAAAUGGAUACAGAGGAACAGCAGCAACAUCAAGAAUAUGAUUUGCUUUGAGUCUUCUCCUGAUUUGAUGAACAGGCUUGGAGGAAUCGAUUUUGGAAGCGUUAACAAGGACAAGGAAGCAAUAGAGGUUGUGAAGACAGUGGGAGAUGCUUGGGAGCGUCGUAACUCUGAUGAUAUAAGGUUCUGUUUGCUUGUGAUCAUCAACGCUUACAUAAGACCAGUUCCUGUUUUGCAGAACUUGAGGUCGAAAGGGUUUUCCACACUUGGUUGUAUGGUCAAGAACUGUGGACCUCAGAUUUUGAACUGUCUCUUUGAUCCGAACUGUCGAAAAGCUCUUCAGUGUUUGAACCAAUGCAGUCCCGUGGAUCAAGUGUGUAGUUACAGAUGCAUUGCUUCUUAUGAGAGUCCAUACUUUGAAGCAUUCUCUCUCUGUGUACUACAGAAACACAAUUGUCUAGAACUGGAUGCGAAGAUCCCUGAGAAGCCUUAUGUGCCUCCCAUGACUAGUUUUCGAGGGAAAGAGUUAUGCCAUGAGACAGCAGAAGACUUGUUUGUUGGAUGGUUAGGGGACUUGGAUUGGAGCUGGCGUGUAGCGGCUGGACAAAACCCGGCUUAUGAUCAGUUUCCAUGUCAGUACCAGCUUUUCUAUAGAGGGAAAGGGAAGUCAUCGUUUUGGUAUGAACCCGUGUUUCAGGUCAGGACGCUUGAAGAGAAACUGGUGUGGAGAAGGAGAAGAUACUCGGUUAAGAGAGGAAAAACUCCUGCAACAUUCCGUUUUAGCGUUUUAGACAAUGGUGUGGUGUCAAACGAGUUUUGGACUAUUGUGGAUGUGUCUGAUGAUCUAAGUUGGGGACUGUUCCAUUACAAUGGAGCGGCUCGUGUAGCAGGACAGUCUUACACGGGUGCUGUGCUCGUGACACCAGAUGGUUCGUACCCUGCAGAGAAGGAAAAGGAGAGAUUGCGUUCUGCAUUGGAGAAAUGUGGGAUUAAAGAGUGGGAACUCUUUGCUGUUGAUAACUGUUGUUGCGAAAAUCCGCCAUUGGGGAUUCCAGAAGGUUCUAGACUACAUUCAAGAAUCAGCAUCAAGGAACCAUGACUCUCCGUUCAGCACAUAGAGAAGUAAAGCAAGUUUCCAUGUAAUUCUGUAUCUACACCAAAUCUGAAGACUUGGCUUUCUCCAGGUUUUUUUUUUUUUUUGUUCAAAUGCUUUCUCCAGGUUUUAAAACAAAUAUUACAAAUACAAAUAACCAAGUAUAUCUGGUAUUACACAGUCCCAUAUGGACUCAUUAUCUUGGAUAUC